GUACAAUUCCGGAAUAAUAACCGACGCUAGAUUUCUAUAUCGUGAUUUUUCCAAGGUCUAGAUUCUAGGGUUACUGGUCUAUCAUUACCUUAGCCUUAGAUUGAGACUUUAAUUUUGUGUGUGUUAAAGUUAAAGCAUAGAUCUAUCUCUAGAUCUAGAUAUCGUCCCUAGAAAAUUUAAAAUGCCGAAGAAAAACAGCAGCAAACAUAAAGAACCAAGGAAGACAGUUGUGGAAGAUACACUUUUGAUGAAAGUUGUGCAGAAAUAUUUUAAACUAGCUGGAGUAGUAUCUGCCGUUUGGCUCGUAGGUUACUUUAAGUUCUCGGUCAGCUGGCUUUGGCUCUUAUUAGUAUUUUAUGUUUGGAAGGAGAGACAAAACAAGUCCAACGAGCAUAGAAUAUGUAUUUCACAACAAUUAGCAACCGAUGAAAAAUCUGUCAUUUUAGCCAGGGUUGAAGAUCUGCCAUCUUGGGUAAAUUUUCCAGACGUUGAAAGAGCGGAAUGGAUAAAUAAGAUUUUAAGUCAGAUGUGGCCAUAUAUUGGGGAAUAUGUAGAGAAAAUUUUGAGAGAAAAUGUUGAGCAAUCUAUUAGAGCUAGUCUUCCAGCUGCCAUGCAGUCAUUUAAAUUCAGCAAGAUUGAUCUAGGCGACAUUCCUCCCAGAAUUGGUGGAUUGAAAGUAUAUUCUCAGUUAAGAAGAGACGAAAUUUACAUGGAUCUGGAAUUAAACUACAGCAGUGACUCCAACAUUGCAGUCAGUGUCAAAGGUAUCAAUGCUGGAAUAAAAGAUCUCACAAUCCAUGGAACUUUAAGGGUUGUGAUGAAACCUUUAAUAAAUAAAAUGCCACUUGUUGGAGGAGUGCUUGUGUUCUUCUUGAAAAAUCCAGAAUUAAAUUUUGACCUCACAAAUUUGGCUAAUGCAUUUGAUUUACCAGGUUUGAGUGAUAUGCUGCACUCAAUAAUUCAAGAGCAGAUUGCCAAUUUCAUGGUUUUGCCCAAUCGCUUUCCAAUUAAACUGGCUGAAGAUUUGGAUCUCAAUAAAUUACGGUAUCCUCAACCAGAAGGAGUGGUGAGAGUAAAGAUUUUAGAGGCUAAAGAUUUAAAAAAAGCUGAUAUUGGAAUUACAGGAAAGGGAAAAUCAGAUCCUUAUGUUAUUAUCAAAGUUGGUCCAAAGGAAAUGAAAACAAAAGUGAUUGGCAAUUCUGUAGCUCCUGUGUGGAAUGAAUCAUUUGAGAUGACUGUGGACUCAGCAGAUGGUCAGCUACUGUAUUUAGAAGUUUUUGAUGAAGAUCCUGGUAAAACCGAUGAUGAAUUGGGCAGAGUCAGCUUUGAUUUGUCUAAACUUCAAGAUAAAGGAUUUGAAGAUGAGUGGCUACCCUUGGAGGAUGUCAAACAAGGCAUGAUUCAUGUGCAAUUGACCUGGCUUUGGCUAGCAAAUGAUCCAUUAGAACUUGAUAGGCCUUUGUUCAACCAAGGCAGAAGUUGUUUGAUUUUGGAGUUGUUCCUCCUAGAAGAGUGGCUGUCCCCAGCUAACGAGCCUCAUCGAACUCGAGACUUUUUGGUUUAGCAACCAUGAGCUUUACUGACUCGACCACGCCGACCCUUACUGAUUCUCUAAUAUUAUUUGUGUGGCAAACUGGCAACUGAAACCUAAUAUCUUUUCAGUACAAAAUGUUCAUUAGUCAGUAGGAGAAUGAUUAUAACACAGGUUUUUGGUUCAGAGACUACCAAUAACUGACAAGAUUAGGUAAAAACAAUCCAUUGAAGAUCCAUAGAAUUUAAGUGGAAAUAUGUUUAAAUUUUUAUAUAAAUGUUUGCACAAGACAAUAAAAAAUGAUGAGUGCCAUAUGUUUGGCUGAAAUCAUUUGCCUUGAGGGCCUUUUUGUGAUAGCCAGGUUUAAAUAAUAACUUGCAAAAUAUGAUUUUGAUUCCGAUGUUUGAAUCAAUAGAUACUACUAUUAAAAUCAUUUUGUUGUUUUCUCUAUAAAACAUACUUAACAAGAGAUUUCUUUUUCUUUAAUGUUUGCUAUUUAAAAUGAAAUUUAUUUUAAUUUUAAAAUCUUCAUUAAUUGAUUUUUGGAUCUUAUCCAGAUAAGCCGUGCCAAAAAGUUAACCCUCGCCACAAAAAAAAAGAUUAUUAAAUAAAGGAAAUUAAACUUUGUACUUUUAGAUUUUAUUGAAGACGAUGAAAUUGGGACAGGUCGUUAAUAAUUUGCCUGAAAAGUUCUUUAUUUUGGUACCUUUAACCCCACCCCUUAUUGAAGACGAUGAAAUUGGGACAGGUCGUUAAUAAUUUGCCUGAAAAGUUCUUUAUUUUGGUACCUUUAACCCCACCCCUAACCGUAGAGGCAGAUAAGAAAUUGCUUUUAAAUAUUCAAAUAUCUAGACAUCAGAAAUAAGUCUCAAGUAGCAGGGCUUAACAUUUUCACCCAUGCACUUUUUGCAUUAAUGGCAGGGCGUAUCUGGAUAAAGAUCCCAAUUUUUUUUCUAGUUAGUUUGGCAAAUGAUCUUAGACCUUAAUUUAUAUAACACUCCACUAGACAAAUAAUUUCUUUUGUAUCCUGUGGGUUUCCAUUGAUGCCUACAUUGUAGUUUGAUAUUUAAAUGGUUACUCAUUUUAAAAAUCUAGUGAGUUUUAAAACAAUUUAGAAAAAUGCUUGAAAUUUGUUUCCCUAACGCAAGUGGCAAUGCCAAGAAAAAAAUAUUUUAAAAGUGAAAAUACCAUUUUCUCAAGUUUUAAGGCUGAAGCUAUUGAACUAAAAGCAUAUGAAAAUAAUUAAUUGUAAUAGAAUUAUUAUUAUUUACUGAACCACCAUAUAAUAACUAGCUUACGUGAAACAUAUUUCUUCAAAAUCAGUAACUUAUUGGUUACUAAUUAAUGUUUUAAAAAGUUAAGCUUACCUCAAUGUCUGUUUUAACAUUUACACGUACAGAGAUGUAACUUUCAUAUUUUUUUACGGAAAUAUAUUUUCAUUUCAAAAUUUAAGUUAAGCACAUUUUAGGCUGUUUUGAAGAAUGCAAAAGAGGGGUAUUAAAUAAACAGAUUAAUCUUGUAUAAGAUUUACAAAAUAAUAAUGAAGCCUACUAUAAUUUGGUUACCUUUACAUUGAAAUACAGCGAAUUACUUAAAAAACAUUGGCUGCUAUAUAGAAAAUCUUUUUCCUCUGCAGAUAAUAUUAGUUUUAUAUUAAAAAUAAAAUUAAAAUAUAUUCAAAUAUAUUUGGCCCUAUAUUUUAUAUUCUUGUGAGUUUUACUUAAUAAACUUUAUUUUUUUCUAGAAGUCAUUUUAUUUUCUAACUAUAACUAUUUUGAAAAUCUUAUAUCAUAACCUUUUUCAUUUGUUUUGAAUAUACUUACCAUAUUAUUAUUUAAUUUUUAAAUAUUAAGACAAAGAAUAAUUUAUUCAUCAGUGCUGUAAAAAAAAAUAAAACUACAAAAAAAACGUAUUGCCUAAAACAAGUUUACAUUGGAAUCAAAUUAAGUUUAAAAGGGAAAUGGUAAUGGAAGUUAAGAUUUGCAGCAGCUGUCACUAACUCACAUUAAGUUUAUCAACCAUUAGCACAGGUUUAAAGGCUAUUUAUAAACUUUUUAUAAGGAUACUUAUUUCCCAAGUAAUGAAAAUUAAUAAUUUAAUAUAUUCAAUAUAGCCUUCCAAAGUAUAUAUUUUAUUUUUAUUAUAAGUGUAAAUUUAUUUUCUAGGACCUUUUAAUGUUACACAUUUCUAAAACGACAUCACACAAUUAAUUCAACUGCUGAAAUCUAAAUUUAAAGCAAAGUGGUUGGAUGCUGGUUAGGGCAUUUGCCAGCGCCACAGUCGCAUAAAACUUAGUCUAGGUUGAAAGGGGGUAACUUUCUAAAGUAAUAAUUUUUCAAUCGGUUUAAAAAAAAAUUACAAAAUUUAGCAUUUGUUUGAGCAAAAAUUUCAUUAUACAUUAAAAUGUGUAAGCCAGUUAAAAUAGGCUUGAAAAGCUGGUUUCAAAUGGUUGUUACCAGAAAGCAUAUUUUUCAACCAAAAUUGAAUAUUUUUUGUGAAAUAGUUACACAAUGACAUAUUGGCUCCCAUCAAAUGGGUUCCCGACAUAUUGGCUCAUGACAAAUGGGCUCCUGACAAAUUGGCUCAUGACAAAUGGGCUCCUGACAAAUGGGCUCCUGACAAAUUGGCUCUAGACAAAAUGACUCUCGACUUACUGGUUUCAGACAAACGAAUCGUAUGACAAACAUUGGCAUAAAAGUAUCCUUCCUCCACCACCACCAUAACAUCUUUAAAUGCGUGAAAACAUUUUUUUCAUGAUCAAACAGCAAUGCACAAACAAAUCGAGCCCGUAGCAGCUAAAUUACACCAACUUCAAAAUUUUGAUGUUUAAUUUACCACAGUAGAGAUCUGUUGCUUUAAAGCAAGCACUGAAGGUUAAAUGUAUAAUAUACAUGAGUCGUAAUGACGGGAGCCAUUUUGUUGAGAGCCUAAAUCCCUAUUAGUCGGGAGCUGAAAUGACGGGAGCCUAAAUGACAGUCCAUUUGUCUUUAGCCCUUUGGACAUGGUCGAUUUGACUGGGAUGUUCUGUCAUUGGCCGUUUUUGACCCCGUACUGUAAUUUAGCUAACACAUUUAUUUUUAAAUUUGGACUAGCAGAGUCAGGGUUUUGUGAUUAUAGAGGAUGUUAUAUUAUUUAAUGUAAAUAAACUACUAGGCUAUACCCAUUGACCACUAUUAUGUAUUUUAUCAUGGAAAAUAGUUGUUGUGACUUUCAUUGUAUUACUUUCCCUGGCCAUUCCGGUUGACUUCAACAAGGGGUUGAGGGCAGUUUUAUUAAACAUUUGAAUUAAUAAAAUAAUUCUAAUCAGCUAUUCAACUGCUUAUUUUCAAUACAAAAAUAUGAAAAUGAGCGUAAUUGAUGGUUCCCAAACAGCUUUAAUUUUUACAAAAAUAACUAUAAUUUUAUCCUUGAUAUAUUUAUUUAAAGAUUUUUUUUAAAAAUUAGUAUGAUUACAUAGACUUUUUAAGCCUGUUGUAGAAAUUAACUUAAAAAAUUAACGUAAUUGUUUAUUUAAAAUAAAAUAACUGAUUAAAAAAGCAAUCCACAUAACAUCUAGUCACCAAUUAAAUAUUUAUUUAUAUUCUUAGAUUUAACUUAAAUUAAACUUGGACAUAUAAAUAAACCAUAUUAUUAAAUUAAAGUAGCCAGUAGGCCUAAAUAUAAGGGGAAAUAGGCUUUAGAACAUUACUAUUUUAAAUCUGAAUCAGUCCUGACAAGUCAAGAUGACCAUGCUUAAUCAUGCGUGCAAAGAUUAAGCAACAUUCAAAUUUCAUCUAAAGUAUUUUUAUACAUUUACAUAUUAAAUCAAUUAGAUUGGUCUGUUGGACAGGUGAAGUUUCAUUUAUCUCUCUCUGCAACUUCAGCGUAUGGGGAUAUAGUGUGAUAAGUUAUCCUUCCGUCACCUUGGUUGGGUGGGUUCAUGUACAUCCUACAGACUUGGAUCUAGGAUCUGAACCUGAGACUUUCUGGACAGUAGGCAUGCGCCUUAACCACCCCACCUACUCU